CAAUCAGUUUGUUUUGACAUUUAAGUGAAUUUGCGAUUUUUUUCUCCAAACGUCUAUUAAAAAAGUAGCAAUUGAAUUUUUUGUAGCUUUUUUCGCAAAUAUUUUUUCGUUUAUUUAUUUAAAUAAAAAAACAUAUAAACUGGAAAACUCUAUAACUGCCUAAACACUUGUUGACAAGUGUUGUUUAUAAAUAAUUAUUUAAAUUAUUAGAAAAAACUUUGAUAGUGCCCUUAAGAUAUAAAGAAGGAAAAGAAGAAAGCAAUUUGGCUUGGUGAGAAAAAAUAAAGAAAAAGUUGGUGCAAUUUUGCAAACAUGUCGCAACCUGCUAAAAAUAUUUUAGUUCGUGUACAAUCUGCUGAAGGCAUAAAACGUAUUGAAAUUUCCCCAAAGGCGAAUCUUAAAGAACUUUUUGAAUCUGUUCAAAAUGCUUUAAAAGUCGAUGGCUUUGGUCUGUUUAAGGAGAGAAAUUUUACGAAAGAGCUUUACGCCAAUUCAACACAACAAAUAGGCACUCUACUCAAACAUGGCGAUAUGAUAUAUCUUAAGCAGUUGGCUGGCACAUCAGCAAGACGCACUAGUACCACGGCGAUAGAUCAAUUUGAACAUGUUCCAGCCAAAGUAACUGAUAAUGAUUUUAAACCAACCACAAAAGUUGUUGAAGAUGAGGUUGAUCUAUUAUUGGCAAAAGAAGAUGGAUUAAUUAAAAGGGAAAGAGAUAGUAAAUUAUGUCGUCAUCAAGCCAACGGUUGUUGUGUCAACUGUUCACCUCUUGAACCUUACAAUGAGACGUAUCUGAAGGAGCAAAAAAUUAAACAUCUUUCAUUUCAUUCGUAUAUACGCAAACAAACAUCGGGCAUUGAUCGCGGCAAGUACAUGGUAUUCGAUGAUAUUAAUUGUCGCAUUAAGACUGGUUGCCGUGAACAUCCACCAUGGCCCAAGGGCAUCUGUUCCAAGUGUCAACCAUCGGCUAUAACAUUAAAUCGUCAAAUUUAUCGUCAUGUCGAUAAUGUCAUGUUUGAAAAUACCACAAUUGUAGAGAGAUUUUUAAAUUAUUGGCGUACUACGGGCCAUCAAAGAAUGGGUUUCCUCUAUGGCACUUAUGAAGUGAAUACAGAUGUACCCUUGGGUAUACGUGCUAAGGUGGCGGCAAUUUAUGAACCUCCACAGGAAUCGACUAGGGACUCGAUAAAACUAUUGGAUGAUGAGGCUGCCGAAGAUAUUGAAGAGGUGGCCAAGGCUUUGGGUUUGAGAAAGAUUGGUUGGAUUUUUACUGAUUUAAUCACUGAUGAUCCGGCCGCCGGUACUGUUAAACAGUUACGCGGCAUUGAGACUCAUUUCUUAACCGCUCAGGAAUGCAUAAUGGCAGGUGAAUUGCAAAAUCGUCAUCCAAAUCCUUGCAAAUAUGCAUCGAAUGGUGUUUUUGGUUCGAAAUUUGUGACCGUUUGUGUUACAGGCGACAAAACCAAACAAGUCCAUAUGGAAGGUUAUGCUGUUUCAGCACAAUGCAUGGCUUUAGUACGCGAUAAUUGUUUAAUACCAACUAAAGAUGCACCCGAAUUGGGUUAUGUCCGUGAAUCGACUGAUAAACAAUAUGUUCCAGAUGUUUAUUAUAAGGAAAAAGACCAAUAUGGCAAUGAAGUACAACGGUUAGCACGUCCUCUUCCUGUUGAAUACUUGUUGGUUGAUGUACCAGCUUCUACACCGCUACAACCACAAUACACAUUCACCCAAUAUGACAAGAGAACACCAUUCCCGGUGGAAAAUCGUUAUUUGGAUGGUCAUUUGCAAGACUUUAAUGCCUUGAGCACGUAUUUAUCCCAGUGGGAGGAUGAAGAGUUUCUCGAAGCCAUUUCCGAUUUUCAUUUGUUGGUGUAUCUAUUCAAAAUGGACAUGUUGCCAUUGCGUCAACAUAUGAAACCUUUGUUAGAGGCAGUGCGUAAUAAGAAUCCAAAUAUGGCUUAUGCCUUUAAAAAGGAAGAUGUUUGGAAACUAUUAGAAUCGUUAAUACAUGCCAGUUCAUCGGGUAGUGGCGGCACUACCAGUUAUCCCUCUUCAUCGUCGGGUGUUCGAGCAGCUGCUGGUGGCUCUAACUCUGGUUCGGCACAUGAAAAUGUUAUUACCGAAUCCGCCACUUGGACUUGUAAUCAUUGUACUUUUAUUAAUCGUGGUGAACUGAGUUCUUGCGAAAUUUGUUCUUUACCCAGAUAAACUUUUUGUAGAACAAAACCAUCUAUCUGGAAGAAAGAAUAAAAUAAAAAGGAAAAGCAAAGUGUUCUCUCAAUCCCUUAAAAACCAAUAAAAAAAACAAAAACCCUACAUUUUACCAGUGCUUUAUAAAAUUUAUUAUUUCUAUAACUUUAAUAUCGACCUACCUACUACAACUUCCUUAAGUUUUCUUUGUUUUUUCUCCUCCCCCCCCUUUCCUUUUGAUUUAUAUCUAUUUGUUUAAAAUCUUAACACUUGUAAGACAAGACAAAUUACAAGUUUAAAAACAAGAAAAAAAAAACAUGGGUUUUACAGAACAGUCAAUAUUUAUGUACAAUUAAAUACAAAAAAAAAAAUAAUAAAUACUUAAGGAUGGGAUUUGUACUACGACAUCAAAAUAUUAAAUUGUCAAUAA